GCCUAGUGUCAAUGAUUUUCACAACCUAAAAAUUAAUAAUAUGACUUAUUGGGAAGUUCAUGAUAAAAUCUAUAAUUUGAUUUUUUGUUAUGAGCAAAAUGAGGUUGAAGGUGAUACAUCAUGGAGUAUUUAUGUGGUUACUAGCAAUUAUCUUUACUUGUACGAAAAAACAGAGAAAGGAUUUAUCAACGCCGAAAUUCCACCACAAAAUCUCCAUGAUCCUCUGCUGAUCUGGAAAAAGAUCCCACAAAAUUUACAGAAGGUUUUCGAUGAUGCCUUGGAUAAUGAACUGGGGCCAUCUUUCCAUCAUGGAUAUCCAGUGGAUAUUGUCGAAGCUUGUGUUGUAACACCCUACGGCUUUGUUGUGAGUACUUGUCAGGCUUAUCAAGAGAAUGAUAAGUCAGGUUCGAGCAUAGGCGUAAUAGAACCGCAGAGAACGUCUGGAACUUUCAGUGCCAUUGUGUAUGAUAAAGAUUCAAAAAUAGCUUUUUAUAAGGACGGCAUAUGCAAAAACUUCACUUCAAAAAUUUAUCGAAAGGACUUUGGUGUUGAUGCUGCAUUUUAUAUUUUUGCGAAUAAUAAUCGUACGUUAUAUCCGAAUAAAUUUUCGAUUUCCCCAGAGUACUUCAAAAAAGCAAACCUUCCUGAAAAUACUUUAGGAAAAACUACCGGUCUCACUCAUGGUAAAUUGGUUCCCAUUAUUAAUGUUAUAUCCAUUGGCAUAUCAAAUGAAAGCAUCGAGUUUGGAAAAAAGCAAAGGAAAAUCUCAUCAUAUAGUAAUAUCACAGGCAAAAAAAGCGUAGAUCGAGAAGGAAAAGCCCUUGGUAUUCUUCAUGCAGCAUGGUUAACAGAACAUUCCAGAUACGCUAUUGCUUCUCCUUACUUUGCAGUUUUUGAGGCAUUGAAUAUAGAUUCUCCUAAUCUCACGAAUGCCAAAGAAACAUCUAAUUAA